AUGGGGCUUCGCUGGUUUUUAAGCAGUAGUAUGUUUGAUGGAAAACUUAUUGGGUUGAUUUCUUCCAUCUUUGCAGGGAAAUCCAUGAUGGCAAGACCAAAGGAGCAGAGACAGCGAUGGACCGAAGAAGAAGACCAUAAGCUCAUUGAAUGUAAAAGCAGACAUCCCCAUCUAUCUUGGCCAAAUAUCGCAAUGCUGGCAGGGCUGGAGAGGAGUGGCAAGAGUUGCAGGGAGAGGUGGAAUAACAGUCUGACGGAAGACAAUACCAUCACCCGCCUGCAGUUACUUUAUGGGAAUAGCAAAAAAAUCAUCUUCCAGGGCCAACCGCUGGAACAACCAUGUGAAGAAGAAGCUUGGGAUAAGUACUCAUCAGAAUAUUCCCGACCCACAAAGCUCUUUCGUCUGAACCAGAAUAUUCCAAACGCAAGCUCCAUUCCUACACCCAUUUCAGCCUCACAAGAUAUCGCCAACCCUUGGUUCACUUCUGAAGCCUACCUGGAAUUUCUUGGGGAUGAUGAGACUACCCAUCACUCUUUGAUUGCCGGGUUUGCUCCUUUGAUUCCCAAAGUUCAUCCAAAUGUGACCAAUUUCGGGGGAGAUUACUUUGAGCCUUAG